AUGCGUAUUUAUUUGAAACGUAUCACCCUGUUCUUCUUGGCCGCCUUCUGCACUACUCUCGUUUUAUUGUCGAUCCCUAAAAGUGUAUCGCAUACAGAUUGGGAACGAGAAAGCAGAUUAGGACGUUUCACGCGUCCAAAUGUACAUAUCAAUAGGGGUGAGCAUUUCGAGUCUCAACCCGCACCUCCAAGUUUACAUAUUUCGGGUGACUUACAACUGGUUAACAAGUAUACGGGUUUUUCAGAUAGGGAAAUUGAUAAUUUACUUGUCCAACGACUUGAAAAUUACGUAAAUGAACUAGAUGUCGAUGCGAUGAUUGCAAACGAGUGCAAAAAUAAUGAAACACUGAGGACGUUUUGGCUGAGGACCAAGGGCGCUGAUGUACCGCAAAGAGAUUCAUGGGAAAGAUUUUAUGCAGACAUCGGAAGUUGUGACUUGUAUAGAAACGAAGAGGUGUUGAACAACUUGUUACACGAACUGAAUACGCUUCCAAUCAAAAAUGUUGCUAUAAUGGAAGGAGGCACUCAAGUGAAACUUAUCUUGACGUUUGAUAAUGAUGAACAAGCGGUCUUCAAACCUAUGCGGUUUGGACGAGAUUAUGAGACUGAUCCCAAUCAUUUUUACUUCAGUGACUUCGAAAGGCAUCAUGCUGAAAUCGCCACCUUUCAUUUGGAUAAGAUACUGGGCUUCCGUCGAGCUGUUCCCACUGUUGGUCGCAUAUUGAAUAUGACAACAGAAUUGCACGAUAAGGCAGAAAAGCGGUUGAAAAAGACUUUCUUCAUAUCGCCAGCUAAAAACCAGUGCUUCGUAAGCAAAUGUGAUUACUACUGUGAUACAACGCAUGCAAUAUGCGGAUUGCCAGAUAUGAAAGAAGGUUCAGUGCAGGUGUUUUUGCCAGACGAGAACAAUGUGCCUAGAAAACAUAACAAAUCACCAUAUCGAAGAACAUAUUCGAAACGGAAUCAAAUUGCUGAAUGGCAACAAAAUAUGCAGUUUUGUACGUCAAAAGUGAAAACUAAAAAACAGUAUGCGCAUGGUAGAAGGCUGCUGGACUUGAUCGAUUUGCAUAUUAUGGAUUAUUUGAUUGGCAAUCAAGACAGACAUCAUUUUGAGUCGUUUGCAGUCUUCGGUGACGCUCCAUCGUACGCCAUUCAUUUGGACAAUGGUCGUGCAUUUGGAAGAACGGAUGUUGAUGAUGAGGACAUAAUUUUACCGUUACGUCAAUGUUGUGUUGUGAGACCAUCGACGUUGCGGACAUUGCUGAAAUACUAUAAAGGACCGGUCUCACUAACAGAAGCACUGCAUCAAUCGAUGUCGAAUGAUCCCGUAGCGCCGAUCCUGGCAACAAAGCACUACCCGGCAAUGGAGCGAAGGCUUCACAGCAUCAUGGAGUACGUUGACGAAUGCAUCAAAAAACAUCCAGGUGGCAUUAAAGGUGUCGUAAUGGCUGAAUAUCACAGUAACGUAAGUUUGUCGUUUUGCUCCAUGCCCGAAUAA